GCUCGGCUCGCCACAAGCCGGCGGCGAUGGCCGAGUCAGGGCGACUCUCCCCUGGCGGGAGCCGCGAGCUGGGCAGAGCCCUUUCCGCCACCGAGCCUUCCCCGGCGCUCGAGACCGGGCAGGGCUGCAGGGCCGGGGCCGAAGUGCGGGUGCUGGUGGUCAACACGGGAGGGACCAUUGGGAUGAUGCCUCAGUCGGAGGGUCUUGCUCCUGAAGCUAACAAAUUAGCAGGGGCUCUGGCAAAGAUUCCAAUCCUUCAUGAUGUCACGUAUGCCAAGGAAACAAAACUGUAUGACCGCCUCGCGCUUGGAGAUGACACUUUGGUGCUUCCGCUGUCUAAGGAAAAUAAAAGAAUAAUCUACACCAUCAUGGAACUUUCCCCACUGCUGGAUUCCGCAAAUAUGACGCCAGCCGAUUGGGGCACGAUUGCAAAGUGCCUUCAGGCGAACUACGAACAGCAUGACGGCUUUGUGAUCCUUCACGGCACAGACACAAUGGCUUACACUGCCUCAGCAUUGUCGUUUAUGUGCGAGAAUCUAGGAAAAACCAUAAUCCUGACUGGGUCGCAGGUGCCCAUAUAUGAACUGAGGAACGACGGCCGGUCCAAUCUGCUGGUGUCCUUACUGAUCGCUGGACAGUUCGUCAUCCCGGAGGUGUGCCUGUACUUUUAUAAUAAAUUGUACAGGGGAAACCGGGUGACUAAGGUGGAUACCGAGAGUUUCAAAGCCUUUUCCUCACCUAACCUGCCUCCACUUGCAAAUGCUGAGGUUGAUAUUACAAUUAAUUGGGAAACAGUAUGGAGAUCAAACACCACCAAGAAGUUUGAGGUUCAUACCAACAUGAACAGCAACGUUGGGCUGCUGCGGAUCUUCCCUGGGAUCACCACUGCAGCGGUGAAGGCAUUUCUUCAGAGUCCAAUGGAGGGAGUUGUACUUGAGACCUACGGAAGCGGAAAUGCCCCCAAUAACCGUCCAGAUUUACUAGAGGAGUUGAAGCAGGCAACCGAUCGCAACGUAGUGAUACUGAAUUGCACCCAGUGCUUGCGAGGAUCUGUGUCUUUAGUCUACGCCACGGGAAAGACACUUCUAGAUGCAGGAGUAAUUCCAGGAGCAGAUAUGACACCCGAAGCCGCUCUUGCAAAGCUGUCCUACAUCCUGGGCAAGCCCCAACUUAGUUUGGCUGAGAAGAGAAAGAUGCUGAGUGAGAAUUUAAGAGGAGAGAGAACUGUUGUGCCCAUAGGAACUCGAAUCACUCUCAAAGACAGCAAAUUUAUUCAAGGGAUCGCCAAAUAUCUGUAUAUCAGCUGCAAGGAGGAGCUAGAGGCGAUUAGGGAUGCAUUGACUCCUGCUUUGGCCUGUGCAGCUGCGAAAACUGGCGAUUUGGAUGCCCUAAAAGCUUUACAGAAUUUGGGUGGCAACUUGAGCUCUGAGGAUUAUGAUGGGCGUACGCCUCUUCACAUUGCAUCCUGCGAGGGCAAUCUGGAGAUAGUAACCUACCUACUGGAGUCUGGAGCAACAGUAUAUGCAAAAGACCGAUUUGGAGCUACCCCACUGAUGAAUGCUAUCAGAUUCAGGUAUUAUAACAUCCUGGGGCUCGCAAGGUCUCCUGGGAAGUGUAGUUCCCAGCAGACCAUUUUCAGCCUGAAGGGAACAGCCUUGUGUAUUCUUGCUUUGAAGGGAGAUAUUGAUGGGCUGAGAGCGUGGCACCUGGCUGGCGUGGACCUGGAUCAGCAUAGUUAUGAUGGGAACACUCCGCUUCGUGUGGCCAAGAUUAUGGGACGUACAGAAGUUGCUGCAUUUUUAAAAUCUUUAACCAAAAAUGAUUUGCAGAAAUCUUCUGCGACUAGAGUAAUACUGAAGACACCAAACUGAUUUUUGCUGCUGUGGUUACAAUGACUGUAGUGAUGAUAUCUAUUUUACAUUAAACAAAGAACAAUCUUUUUGAAAUAAAUGUAUGUAAAGGAUCAAGCGGUACAGUAAAUUCUGCUCACGUAUCGAUCCACUGAAGCUGUUAGUCUUCAAAGUGUUUGUUUCAUUUCAGAAUAGUAUCAUUUAACACUGGUGUGACUUCUGGAAAUGUAUCUGGUGUUUGUAUAACCCUGAUCUAUGUAUGCUAGGAUAUUCGUGUCUGAUAAAAUUCUGUUCUCACAUUUGAUCUCCCAUUCCCGCAAAUGAUCACAGAUCUGAGCAAAUCUGAAAUAUGGAAAUGGAUUGGGAUUUUAAUAUUUCUUUAUUUUAAAGAAAUCGUGUGUUUGCACUGCUAUUGUUGUACUGUUGUCUAUGCCAAUAAAGGCUUGCAAAAAAUGUGUUUGCA